GCGGGUAUGGACUCCGGCGCUUCCUUGAUUCAUGGUUGAUCAGUUACAGAUGGAGCGUUAAACUGGCUGCACAUGUUCUUUGUGUGUAUUGAAGGGUGAUCACCACACCAUGAAGAUUAGGUAGAGUCAGUAUGGUGAGCCUUGACCACUGACCUGACUGGAGACCCUAUUAAGAUAUAGACAAUGGAUCCCCGGAGGAUUAAUCUCCUAUUGUUUAGUGUCGGAAAUAAUUCAGCGUCUUUCCUUGAGUAACGAAAGACAGUACACUACAGACAGUCAAGCUUGCGCUAAGGAGUUCAGGACGUGUACACUGACCUGGACGGAUAAUGUCUAGGCCAGGUGACACAUUCUAGUAGGGAAGUCUACGAUGCCUUGUGCCUAAAACUACGCCAAAUCGUCUCCGUUCUUUGAGUCCAACACCAUGCCUUACAUGGACAAGCGCGGGCGCUUGUGUGGGUUCCUCAAUAUUGAGGAAAAAGAAAACAGUGGCCGUUUUAGUCGACGAUAUUUCAUACUUAACACCAAAGAAGGGAAGUUUCAAUACUUCAUGGAUAAUCCCCUGAAUCUUCCCCACAACAACAGAACACCAGUAGAUGGUAUCCCUCUACAAUUCAUUUCCAAGGUUAGUGAUGCAAGGAAACAGCACCCAAAAGUUGAUAGCUGUUUUGUGGUUAAUUUUGCGGGGAAGACGAUGUUCCUUCAGGCUGAUGACAGCAAAGAUAUGAGGAUGUGGAUAGAGGCUUUAAAUGAUGCCAGUAGGAUCACAGUUCCGACAUCCAUGGAGAGUACCAAGGAGCGAGUCAAUGAAUGGCACCAAGAUGGUGUGUCAGACCGAGGUUACAAAACAGAAAUCGCUGGAGGUGUGGUGUGUAAAAUACCAAUACAGACCAGUGAUGACGAUGUGACGGAGUCCAGUGAGGGUGAAUUUGAUUCACACGGCGAGCCUGCCUACCGCCUCCCCGCCAUCAAGACAGGCUUCGCAGUCAAACAAGGGGGAAUGAGAAAAAACUGGAAGAGGAGGUACUUUGUACUAACAGAACAAAAUAUUUUAUACUUCAGUUCUAAGAAGGCUAAAGAACCACUCGGCCUGAUACCCAGAACCGAUGUCCAGGAAGUGAAGAUAUCUACCAAACAUCCAAAUCGAGAUAACCUGUAUGAAAUAGUAACACAUAAAAGGACGUUUUAUAUACAGUGUGAUAACCCAGAGGAGAUGGUCAGUUGGAUUGAGGUCAUACAGAAAACAUAUGAACUAGAACCAGAAAAGUCUGUCCAGUCGUCAGGAGACCAGCUUAUGAAAGACCCUGCGACAGAGGCGUUUGACAUGGAGAACUUCCCUGUAACCAAAGUGUACCCCCACGGAGAAUGGUGUGCCUCAGAUGACGCCGCCAAAACGGACAAGGACACUACACGACAGAAGAAGAAAAGCUGGCUUCUAUGGUAGACAUGUUACUAUGGUUACCGUAUCUAUGACUGUCACUUGAAGUGUGAAUAAUUAUAAUAAGGACUUCAGUAUUGUUGAAGAGAAAUUGUUCGUGGAAAAAACAGGAAUAGGUCCAAUGUUUUAAGAAAUGGAGAUGAGUGUAUGUUUACAAUGAUUACAGAUUAUGUUAAAUGUGGUGUACAUCAAUUUAUCUAAUUAAAAAAUGUGGACACACAUCUCAAUGGAAGUGCACACUCACGAUGUUUAUCCUAGGGGUGAUAUUAUUCUGACCCCCACAACUGUCUGAUAUGACAUUAAGAUGACACAGAAUUGGCUGACGUCACUUUAUACUGACCACACAAUAAUCUAAUACCACAUAAUAGCAACCUAAAAAAUGUGUCACUUAAGGUUUUGUCUCUGACAAGCCCACCUCCUAAUGUAGAUUUUACAGUAAAAAUGAUAAAUAUCAAGGUUAAAACUAGCUACUGUUGUCGGGGUUGAUAUGGUGAAUGAUGAUCUGAGACCAACUACUGAAGUUGAAAGAGGCCCAGGUCGUGCUAUUGAAAGAAGCUAGUCCCAUCAUAUUGACCCCCACAGGAGUAUUCAACUAUUUCAUUAUACCAACAAGAUUAAAAUCUCGAUUUUAUAUACUAUUUCAUAUAACAAAGGUUUUCUGAGUAUAGACAAAGUCUCAACAGCGGAUCUUGAUUGCACUGUUACAACCUUAAAAGAAAUGAUAGUUCGACAUUGCAUAGAAUAUCAGGAUGCUAAGAUACAGAGCCUCGCUUUGGAUUCAGAAGGCUACAACAUGGAGUCACUUAAUUAUAAUUCCGAAAUAACACUGCAGUAAAGCUGGUCAGAGUCCAGAAUACAACGUAACGUCAUGUCACUUAAUUUGGCACUAAAUCCCCCCCCCCCC